AUGGGUUGGGAGCUCACCCUUGCCUGCCUAUCGAUUAUGCCCUUCUCUUUGGGAGCUUCUAUUCUGUUGACUAAUUACCAAACUAAGUCUUCGAUGUUGGAAAUGAAAUCAUACAGCCAAGCUGGCAAACAAGCCGAAGAAGUUCUAAAGUCGAUUCGAACUAUUGUAGCAUUUAAUGGAGAGAGCAAAGAGGUUGCUAAAUACAGCCGUCUACUACAGCCAGCAGAAAAACAGGGUCGUAAGCGUGGCCUCUACUCCGGCUUAGGAAACGGAUUCAACUGGAUUUUAACCUACUCCCUAAAUACCAUAGGAUUAAUGUAUGGUACUAGACUUAUAGUACAGAGCUUUGACAAAGAUGCCGACGAUAACAGAUAUGUAGUAGGAGUUGUAUUUAGUAUAUUGUUCAAUACAUAUAUGGCUACACAAUCCAUUACAUUUUGUGUGCCUCAUGCGGAAGUAUUCGCUUCGGCUCGAGGUGCAGCUGCUAGCAUAUUUUAUUUACUAGAUAGACAACCCAAAAUUGAUAGUCUUCAAACUGGAGGAUUAUGUCCUAGAAGAGUUACGGGAGACAUUUGCUUAGAAGACAUACAUUUCAACUACCCAUCUAGAACUGAAGUGAAGAUACUCAAGGGAUUUUCUUUACGCAUUAAAGCUGGAGAGUGUGUAGCAUUAGUCGAUGGAAAGGAUAUUAAAAGUCUUAAUCUAGGUUGGCUGCGAUCCUGUUUAGGUGUAGUUGGACAAGAGCCAGUAUUGUUCCGCGGUACAAUAUUCGAUAAUAUCGCUAUAGGUGUUCCGGAUGCUACCUUAACUGCGGUCCAAAGAGUUGCUGAAAUGGCGUAUGCUCAUGAUUUUAUUACAAAAUUGCCUAAUGGCUACGACACGGUAAUUGGAGAACGUGGUGCAUCGCUGUCGGGCGGUCAAAAGCAGCGGAUUGCGAUUGCGCGGUCGUUACUAAGAGAACCUGCGGUGCUGCUACUGGAUGAAGCAACAUCCGCUCUUGAUCCGAAUUCUGAACGACAAGUGCAAAUAGCACUAGACCGCGCUAGUGUUGGUCGGACUACCAUUUCGGUUUCCCAUCGGCUAUCUACAAUUAUAAACGCGGAUAGGAUUAUUUGCAUGGAUCAAGGAGCUAUUGUAGAGGAAGGUACGCAUAAAGAACUUAUGAAAAAACAAGGAUUUUAUUACAAGCUAGUGACCACAGGAAAGGAAAAUAAAGAUGUUGAAGAAAUUGAGAUAUUGUCGGAGGGGGGAGAUGGUGAACAGAAUAUAAAUGAUCAAAUUACAGUCUCAAGAACGGAUCUAAAGAGAAAAUCUACUAAAUCUACCAGACAGAUACAUGGACAGUCUGUAACAAGAGGUUCUCAGGACUGGAUGACUCCACGUGGAUCUUUUGCUUCCGUCAUGUCAGCAGGAUUGCAAAACUUUGCCUACAAUUCUAAACAUGAAGAAACAGAUGAAGAUGAACAGUUAAAGCCACUUAGCAAUCUGGAGAUUUUGAAGUUGAACAGCCCUGAAUGGGUUCUAAUUGUCAUCGGGUCUAUUGCAGCAUUUGUGCAGGGUGUUUGCUUUCCUGCUUUUGCUCUGAUCUUUGGAUUUUCUAGCGGGAUCUUUGUUUUAACAGAUCGAGACCAAAUUAUAUACUAUGCCGAUCUUUACUCUGGUAUGUUCAUUCUUGUAGCAGCAGUUGCCGGCAUUUCUAUGUGUCUCCAAAGCUUCACUUUUACUACCGCUGGUUUAAAAAUGACUACUCGAUUACGAGUAAAAUAUUUUACGGCUUUGCUGGCACAGGAAAUUGGUUAUUUUGAUAGAGAAAGCAAUACCGUUGGAGCAAUGUGUGCAAGGCUAAGUGGAGAUGCAGCUGAAGUUCAAGGUGCAACAGGCUUAAGGAUAGGACUUAUACUGCAAGGAAUAAGUUCGGUAUUCGUCGGUUUUAUUAUGGCAAUGUGCUAUAACUGGAAACUUACCUUAGUUGGAACUGUUUUCCUUCCCUUGAUGGUAGGUAGUAUUUGGCUAGAAGGGAUAGUAUCACAGCAAUCACAAUCUGACGAACGUGCGGCUAUGGAGUCGGCCACUGCUAUUGCAACAGAAGCCGUUGUUAGCAUAAGAACGGUUCAGAGCUUGGGUGUUGAAUCAACAUUUCUCGGCAAAUUCGAAGAAGGUUUGGUAGAAGCUUGCUCUGCCAUUAUUAAAAAGGCACGGUGGAGAGGUUUGGUGUUGGGUUCAGGAGUUUACGUGCCAUUUAUGGCAUUCGGUAGCGCAACGGUGUAUGGUACUGUAUUAGUUUCUCGCGGAGAAAUGGAGUACAGGAUUGUGUUACUGGUAAAUAUGGCUCUCAUGUACGGAGCAUAUAUGCUGGGUCAGUCAUUAUCGUACGCCCCUGGUGUUAACUCAGCUAAAGCAGCUGCAUCUAGAAUCGUAUCGGUCAUCACAAGAGUACCUAAAGUAAGAACAGAAGACGGUAUUAAGGAUAAACUAGAUUGGGUCGCUUCUGGAAGUUUUUCAGUAAAUAAUGUUGAGUUCUGCUAUCCCACGCGUCCUAACCAGAAAAUCCUGAAGGGUAUCAAUUUAAAGGUGGAAGUUGGUAUGACUGUCGCCCUGGUAGGCUCAUCAGGCUGCGGCAAAUCCACAGUGCUACAGCUAAUGCAGAGAUUUUACGAUCCCGAUACUGGUAACAUUGAAUUAGAUGGACGUGACAUUAAAAACAUCGUUAACAUUGCCGAGGCUGCGAAGGCAGCUCGGUGUAGUGCAACAGGAACCAGUGUUGUUUGA